AUGCUUCCUGCCAAUCUGCUGAGCAAUGGUGCGAACAGCAACCUCUACGUGGCUGGCCUGCCUCCAAGCACCAGCGAGGAUACACUGCGGCAGCUGUUCAAUAAUUUCGGUGAUGUGGCUUCGGUGCGAACAUUCUUCGGCAAGACGCCAACAGCUCCAAGCUAUGGAUUCGUGAAGUUCCGUUACGACGCCCAGGCUUUAGCAGCCAUCGCCGCGAUGAACGGGCGCGACUUCAACGGGCACACAAUGACCGUCCGCCUCGCAAACAACGACACCACGGGACCACAUCCCAGGAACGCUGCACCACCCACGGCGCCGGCGAUCGGAGGUACGAACCUGUAUGUUUCAGGUCUUCCCCCUGACAUGGAUGAAAACGGCAUGAAGGACAUCUUCCGCAAAUUCGGAAAUGUCGUGUCGGUCAAGCUUGCCAGGGAGGCGCGGAUAUACAAGCAGUAUGGCUUCGUGCAUUACACCAGUCCUGAUGAAGCGGAAGCUGCUAUAAAUGCCAUGAACAACAGGAUCAUUGAUAGAGAUUAUCAGCUCACAGUCAAGUACGCGAACAGCUCUGAACGGGCUUGGCAAGCGAGAGAACAGGCAAUGGCUCCAGCAGCAGCGGUAGUCGCCGUGGCGCAAGCCCUGGCAGCCGCCGCCGCCGCGGCGGCGCCGGCGCCGGCGGCACCACAUUCUCCCGGCGAAGAUGCGCGGCCUGGGGUCACCUUGCAUGUCACGGGACUACCACAAGGCACUUCCAAGGAACAGCUGGAAACGUUCUUUGCAGCUUUCGGCCAGGUUUCAGCGAAACUCCUGGAUGACGGCAUGGCCAGCGGCAAAGCCGUUGCCCUUCUGCGGCUGUCGUCUAGGGACGAGGCUGACAGACUGGUCAUGGAGUACAAUGGCAAGGUGCUACCAGGACUGGACGCACCGCUCGCCGUUCGCCUUGCAGAGGGCCGGGAGGCGCCUCCGCCGCGGAGCGCGGAGCGCUACGAGCCAUACAAGGCCUAUGCAGAAUCUGGUGGGCAGCCGGCUGCCGGAAGCCAGCCUGGCAGCUCCGCUCCCCUCCCGCGGGAGAUGCGCUACCCCAGCCCUGCGAGCUCUGAGUUCAUGGUGGCUGUGAGUGAGACAGUGUCUCGAGUGAAGGGCUUCAGGCCCGUCCUGGCGCACACGAUGGAUCCCACGAACCUCUACAUCAAAGGCUUGCCCAACAAUGCGGAUGAGCUGUACCUGUACUCCAUCUUCUCACCUUUUGGAGCCAUCCAGAGUGUUCGGCUCCUGAGGGAUGGCGCAGGGGCCUGCACUGGCGCCGCACUGCUGAAGUUUGGCAUCACGGAGGAUGCCGACUUGGCAAUACGAACCAUUUCGGGCAACAAGUUGCCAGACGGCGUGGUGCUGGAUGUGUCCGUGAAGACAGUACGUUCUUAG